AUGCGCUGGUCCUCACUUCUUCUGCCCUUCUCCCUCCUGGGUGCAGGCGUGCUGGCCGCGAAGUCCGACCCAACCAACACAUUCCCAGAAUUUCACCAGAAGGCCCUCUCUAGCACCCCCAUUAAGCUAGACGAUGCCUCCUACAAGAAGGUCACUGGCCUGCCUCGCGACUAUACGGUUGCUGUCCUGUUGACAGCCCUGGACAGCCGUUAUGCUUGCCAGAUGUGCCGGGACUUCGACCCGGAGUGGAAACUGUUGAGCAAGUCUUGGAUCAAGGGUGAUAAGGCCGGACAGUCCAAGACUCUCUUCACUGUCCUGGACUUUAAUGAUGGUCGUGAUACCUUCAUGUCUCUCGGUCUGCAAACUGCCCCUGUCCUCUUGCUCUUCCAACCCUCGACUGGCGAGUUCGCCGUUGCCAACACCGACCCUGUGCGAUUUGAUUUCACCUCUGGUGCGCCCUCCGCGGAGUCGGUCAGAAACUGGAUCGCUCGCCAUCUGCCAGGCCGCCCCGUCCCCGAAGUUAACAGGCCCACGAACUGGUUCGCUAUAAUGCUCGCGCUCGUGACCGUGGCUGGCGUAGGCACAACCAUCGUGACGCUCUGGCCAUACAUCGGCCCCAUCAUCCAGCACCGGAGACUUUGGCAAUUUAUUUCCCUCAUGGUCAUCCUGGGAUGCACAUGCGGCACCAUGUUCAAUGUCAUCCGAAAUGUUCCCUACGCUGGCCACGAUGGCAAAGGCCAUGUCUCGUUCUUUGCCGGUGGUUUCCAGAGCCAGUUCCAGCUGGAGUCGCAGAUCAUCGGUGCUCUUUACGGAGCUCUCGCCUUCUGCGCAAUUGGUCUCGCCGACAAGGCUCCCCGUAUUGGCGGCAUCAAGACCCAGCAGACCAUGGUCAUCGUGUACGCCGGCGUCAUGCUCGUUCUCUACAGCUUCCUUCUCAGCAUUUUCCGCGUGAAGAACGGCGGCUACCCCUUUUCCCUUCCUCCCUUCUUAUAA